AUGACGAUUCAAACUUGGAACGCGGUGGUUGCGGCCGCCUUGUUGGUUGGCUCUGCCACUGCUACGCGUUGUCCUGGCGGCGAGUGGGAUGUCAUCGUUGUUGGUUCCGGACCAGCUGGUAUCGUUGCAGCAGACCGCAUGAGUGAGGCGGGAAAGAGGACUCUUCUCCUGGAGCAAGGAGGCCCAUCGUACUACAUUACUGGUGGUCGGACACGGCCGGAUUGGCUAGAGGGCACAGAACUCAGCCGUGUCGAUGUCCCAGGCUUGUACAAGACCAUUUUCUCAAACCCUGGCCAGGGCUUGGUGUGCCCAUCCAACGUUGUCAACGCAUUCCAGGGUUGCACUGUUGGCGGUAACACUGCCAUCAAUGCUGGUCUUUUCUUCCAGCCGCCUGCCAGCGAUUGGGAUAAGUACUUCCCAGAAGGCUGGAAGAACAGCGAUAUGCAAAAUGCCAUUCGAAAGGUCAGGGAAACCCAGCCAAGUACCGACAACCCUUCAUUGGACGGACAGCGAUACCUCCAGACCGGCUAUGAGGCUGCUAAGAAGUGGCUUGUUGAUGGAGCCGGAUAUGCCGACGUUGGUCUGAAUGACGGCCCUGAGGAACAUUCUAAAAACAAGGUCUUUGGUCAUCCCAUCUGGAACUAUGAGGGAGGUCAAAGGAGCGGACCAGUAAAGACAUACCUCCAGCAAGCUCUCAAGCGAUCGAACUUUGCCUUCAGGACUGGAACGAAGGUUCUGCGCGUUCGCCGUGACGGCGAUGUUGCAACCGGUGUCGAUGUUGAGAUGGGUACUAACCACACCAGCAUCUGCCUCAAGAAAGGUGGUGUAGUCAUCUCAUCAGCAGGUGCGCUCCUGAGCCCCCAGCUCCUGAUGUGGUCCGGUAUUGGCAAUGCAACUCUUUUGGAAGGCCUUGCAAAGAACGGCCAAGUCACCGUCCCCCCUCAGGACUGGAUCAACAACACCGCAGUCGGCGACAAGGUAUUCGACAACCCGAAUACCUUCAUUGAGCUCCACGACGAGUCCAUUGAGUCUUUUGUCUACGAUUACUCUAACCCGCCACCUACGGACGCUGAGAUGUACUUGAAGAACCGCUCUGGACCAUACACCUUUGCCUCGCAAACCAGUGCGUUCUGGGACUAUAUCCAGCAAGGCGAAGACCUCGUUGGUUGCCAAGGUACCAUCGACUCUUCAGGAGCUUUCGACUAUGCAAACGAUAACAGCACCAUCACCCUCAACGUCUACGGAACCUCAGGUCUUCGCUCCUUCGGUCGUGUUAGCCUCGACGAGCGGGGCAUCGCUCUGCCAUCAUCCAACUUCUUCGCUGACCCCCGCGACGUCAACGCGAUCGCGACCUUCAUUCACAACAUCUUUCAAGCCCUCCCAGAAUCUCUCACACCCCUCAACAUUGCGAAGAACUCGACAGUAGACGAGAUCGAGGCCUGGUUGAAGACUCCAAGCCAGUACACACUUGGUAACGUGCAGCACUGGAGCAGCAGCUGCAGAAUGGGCGAGUGCGUAGAUACCGAUACCAAGGUCAUUGGCAUGCAGAAUCUGUUUGUCGUAGACGCCAGUAUUGUUCCUCCUCUAACCACAAACCCCGUCAUGGGUGUUAUGAUUGCUGCCGAGAGGGCAGUAGAGAAGAUUCUUCCUCUCAUGAAGACCCCGGUUUUGGAUAUCAGCUUGUAA